CCGCUCCGCUACCCCGGCCAGCACAGGGCGCCCGGCGCGCCUCGGAGCGCACGUUCCGCGCCUUCUCCUGCCCGCUCGCUGGACAUUAUGCGGCCGAGCAGCCGAGCCCCAGUCCUCCUCCUCCUCCUCCGGCUCCUCCUGCGGCCCGAGCGGCUCAGCUCUCGGCAGGCGGCGGCGUUGCUCAGCCGAGCGCAGACGGGACCCUCACGGCGAGACCUCAGCGACUCCUAAAGUCAAAAGUUGGCGGCGGGCGCCGGGCUCCGCGCGCUCUCCGCGGCCGCUGCCUCGCGUCGCCGCCGCAGCCAAGGAGGGAAGGAGGGAGGGGGGUGGGGGCAGCGGGGGGAGGGGUGGGGAGCACCAUGCAGUUUGUAUCCUGGGCCACACUGCUAACGCUCCUGGUGCGGGACCUGGCCGAGAUGGGGAGUCCAGACGCCGCGGCGGCCGUGCGCAAGGACAGGCUGCACCCGAGGCAAGUGAAAUUAUUAGAGACCCUGAGCGAAUACGAAAUCGCGUCUCCCAUCCGCGUGGACGCUCUCGGAGAGCCCUUUCCCACGAACGUGCACUUCAAAAGAAGGCGACGGAGCAUUAACUCUGCCACUGACCCCUGGCCUGCCUUCGCCUCCUCCUCUUCUUCCUCUACCUCCUCCCAGGCGCAUUAUCGCCUCUCCGCCUUCGGCCAGCAGUUUCUAUUUAAUCUCACCGCCCAUGCCGGAUUUAUCGCUCCACUGUUCACUGUCACCCUCCUCGGGGCGCCCGGGGUGAACCAGACUAAGUUUUAUUCCGAAGAGGAAACGGAACUCAAGCACUGUUUCUACAAAGGCCAUGUCAAUACCAAGUCCGAGCACACGGCCGUCAUCAGCCUCUGCUCGGGAAUGCUGGGCACAUUCCGGUCCCAUGAUGGGGAUUAUUUUAUUGAACCCCUGCUAUUUGUGGAUGAACAAGAAGAUACAGAGGAACAAAACAAACCCCACAUUAUCUAUAGGCGCAGCACCCCGCAGAGAGAGCCCUCAACAGGAAGGCAUGCCUGUGACACCUCAGAGCACAAAAAUAGUCGCAGUAAAGACAAGAGGAAAACUGGAGCAAGAAAGUGGGGAGAAAGGAGCAGUAACCUGGCGGAUGAUGUGGCGGUAUUAAACCGCGGAUUGGCAGCAAAAGGGUUUUCUGCCUAUGGUAACAAGACGGACAGCACAAGGGAAAAAAGGAUCCACAGAAGGACAAAACGUUUUUUAUCCUAUCCACGGUUUGUAGAAGUGAUGGUGGUGGCAGACAACAGAAUGGUUUUGUACCAUGGAGCAAACCUUCAACACUAUAUUUUAACUUUAAUGUCAAUUGUAGCCUCUAUCUAUAAAGACCCAAGUAUUGGAAAUUUAAUUAAUAUUGUUAUUGUGAACUUAGUUGUGAUUCAUAAUGAACAGGAUGGACCUUCUAUAUCUUUUAAUGCCCAGACAACAUUAAAAAACUUUUGCCAGUGGCAGCAUUCCAAGAACUAUCCAGGUGGAAUCCAGCAUGAUACCGCUGUUCUUGUAACCAGACAGGAUAUCUGCAGAGCUCACGACAAAUGUGACACCUUAGGUCUUGCUGAACUAGGAACCAUUUGUGAUCCGUAUAGAAGCUGUUCUAUUAGUGAAGAUAGUGGAUUGAGUACGGCUUUUACAAUAGCCCACGAGCUGGGCCAUGUGUUUAACAUGCCUCAUGAUGACAACAAUAAAUGUAAAGAAGAAGGAGUUAAGAGUCCCCAGCAUGUCAUGGCGCCAACAUUGAACUUCUACACGAACCCCUGGAUGUGGUCAAAGUGUAGUCGAAAAUAUAUCACUGAGUUUUUAGACACUGGUUAUGGCGAGUGUUUGCUCAACGAGCCUGAAUCCAGACCCUACCCUUUGCCUCCCCAACUGCCAGGCCUCCUUUACAACGUGAAUAAACAAUGUGAACUGAUUUUUGGACCAGGUUCUCAGGUGUGCCCAUAUAUGCAGAUGCAGUGCCGACGGCUCUGGUGCAACAAUGUGGACGGAGCACACAAAGGCUGCCGGACGCAGCACACGCCCUGGGCCGACGGGACGGAGUGUGAGCCCGGAAAGCACUGCAAGUUUGGGUUUUGUGUUCCCAAAGAAAUGGAGGUCCCUGUGACUGAUGGAUCCUGGGGAAGUUGGAGUCACUUUGGAACCUGCUCAAGAACAUGCGGAGGAGGCAUCAAAACAGCCAUACGAGAGUGCAACAGACCAGAGCCAAAAAACGGUGGAAAAUACUGUGUAGGGCGUAGAAUGAAAUUUAAGUCCUGCAACACGGAGCCGUGUCUCAAGCAGAAGCGAGACUUCCGAGAUGAGCAGUGUGCCCACUUUGACGGAAAGCAUUUUAACAUCAACGGUCUGCUUCCCAAUGUGCGCUGGGUCCCUAAGUACAGUGGAAUUUUGAUGAAGGACCGGUGCAAGCUGUUCUGCAGAGUGGCAGGGAACACGGCCUACUAUCAGCUCCGAGACAGAGUGGUAGACGGAACUCCGUGUGGCCAGGACACUAAUGAUAUCUGUGUCCAAGGCCUUUGCCGGCAAGCUGGAUGCGAUCAUGUUUUAAACUCAAAAGCCCGGAGAGAUAAAUGUGGGGUUUGUGGUGGCGAUAAUUCUUCAUGUAAAACGGUGGCAGGAACAUUUAAUACGGUACAUUAUGGUUACAAUACUGUGGUCCGAAUUCCGGCUGGUGCUACCAAUAUCGACGUGCGGCAGCACAGUUUCUCAGGGAAAUCAGAGGAUGACAACUACUUAGCUUUAUCAAGCAGUAAAGGUGAAUUCUUGCUAAAUGGAGACUUUGUUGUCACAAUGUCCAAAAGGGAAAUCCGUGUUGGGAACGCUGUGAUAGAGUACAGCGGCUCCGACAACGUGGUGGAAAGAAUUAACUCCACGGACCGCAUUGAACAAGAACUUUUGCUUCAGGUUCUGUCGGUGGGGAAGUUGUAUAACCCCGACGUGCGCUAUUCUUUCAAUAUUCCGAUUGAAGAUAAACCUCAGCAGUUUUACUGGAACAGCCAUGGGCCUUGGCAAGCAUGCAGCAAACCCUGCCAAGGGGAACGGAAACGAAAACCUGUUUGCACCAGGGAAUCGGACCAGCUUACUGUUUCUGAUCAAAGAUGCGAUCGGCUGCCACAGCCAGGACCAGUCACUGAACCCUGCGGCACAGACUGUGACCUGAGGUGGCAUGUUGCCAGCAGGAGUGAAUGUAGUGCCCAGUGUGGUUUGGGUUACCGCACAUUAGACAUCUACUGUGCCAAAUACAGCAGGCUGGAUGGAAAGACCGAGAAGGUUGAUGACAGUUUUUGCAGCAGUAACCCCAAACCAAGCAACCGGGAAAAAUGCUCAGGAGAAUGUAACACCGGCGGCUGGCGCUAUUCUGCUUGGACCGAAUGUUCUAAAAGCUGUGAUGGUGGGACCCAGAGGAGAAGGGCUAUUUGUGUCAACACCCGAAAUGACGUGCUAGAUGACAGCAAAUGCACGCAUCAGGAGAAAGUCACUGUUCAGAGGUGCAAUGAGUUCCGUUGUCCACAGUGGAAAUCUGGAGACUGGUCAGAGUGCUUGGUCACCUGCGGAAAAGGGCAUACACACCGCCAGGUCUGGUGUCAGUUUGGCGAAGAUCGAUUAAAUGAUAAAAUGUGUGACCCUGAGACCAAGCCAGCCUCCAUGCAGACUUGUCAGCAGCCGGAAUGUGCGUCCUGGCAGGCGGGUCCCUGGGGACAGUGCAGCGUCACCUGUGGGCAGGGGUACCAGCUAAGAGCAGUGAAAUGCAUCAUUGGGACUUACAUGUCAGUGGUGGACGACAAUGACUGUAAUGCAGCUACUAGACCAACCGAUACCCAGGACUGUGAAUUACCAUCUUGUCACCCUCCACCAGCUGCCCCGGAAGCAAGGAGAAGUGCACACAAUGUGCCAAGAACCCAGUGGCGAUUUGGGUCCUGGACUCCGUGCUCAGCCACUUGUGGGAAAGGUACCCGAAUGAGAUACGUCAGUUGCCGGGACGAGGACGGCUCUGUAGCUGAUGAGAGUGCCUGUGCUACCCUGCCUAGACCAGUGGCAAAGGAGGAAUGUUCUGUGACACCCUGUGGGCAGUGGAAGGCCUUGGACUGGAGCUCUUGCUCCGUGACGUGUGGGCAAGGUAGGGCAACCCGGCAAGUGGUGUGUGUCAACUACAGUGACCACGUGAUCGAUCGGAGCGAGUGCGACCCAGAUUACAUGCCAGAAACCGAUCAGGACUGUUCCAUGUCACCAUGCCCUCAACGGACCCCAAACAGUGGCUUAGCUCAGCACCCCUUCCAAAACGAGGACUAUCGCCCCAGGAGCGCCAACCCUAGCCGCACCCAUGUGCUCGGUGGAAACCAGUGGAGAACAGGCCCCUGGGGAGCAUGUUCCAGUACCUGUGCUGGUGGGUCCCAGCGGCGUGUGGUUGUGUGUCAGGAUGAAAACGGAUACACCGCAAACGACUGCGUGGAGAGAAUCAAACCCGAUGAGCAAAGAGCCUGUGAAUCCGGCCCUUGUCCGCAGUGGGCUUACGGCAGCUGGGGAGAGUGUACUAAGCUGUGUGGUGGAGGCAUGCGAACAAGACUGGUGGUCUGUCAGCGGUCCAACGGGGAACGGUUUCCAGAUUUGAGCUGUGAAAUUCUUGAUAAACCUCCCGAUCGUGAGCAGUGUAACACACAUGCUUGUCCGCAAGAUGCUGCGUGGAGUACCGGCCCUUGGAACUCGUGUUCUGUCUCUUGUGGUCGAGGGCAUAAACAACGAAAUGUUUACUGCAUGGCAAAAGAUGGAAGCCAUUUAGAGAGUGAUUACUGUAAACACCUUCCUAAGCCACAUGGGCACAGAAAGUGCCGAGGAGGAAGAUGCCCUAAAUGGAAGGCUGGCGCUUGGAGUCAGUGCUCCGUGUCCUGUGGCCGAGGCGUGCAGCAGCGGCAUGUGGGCUGUCAGAUCGGAACACACAAAGUCGCCAGAGAGACCGAGUGCAACCCGCACGCCAGACCGGAGCCGGAACGCGCCUGCCAAGGCCCACCGUGUCCUCUCUACACUUGGAGGGCAGAGGAAUGGCAAGAAUGCACCAAGACCUGUGGCGAAGGCUCCAGGUACCGCAAGGUGGUGUGCGUGGAUGAGCACAAAAGCGAGGUGCACAGCAUGCACUGUGACACGGGCAAGCGGCCUGCGGACCUCGAGAGCUGUAGUUUGCAGCCCUGCGAGUAUGUCUGGAUCACAGGAGAGUGGUCGGAGUGCUCAGUGACCUGUGGAAAGGGCUACAAACAAAGGCUGGUCUCGUGCAGUGAGAUUUACACCGGGAAGGAGAAUUAUGAGUACAGCUACCAGAGCACCGUCAACUGCCCAGGCACGCAGCCCCCCAGCGUCCACCCCUGCUACCUGAGGGGCUGCCCCGUCUCAGCCACCUGGAGAGUCGGCAACUGGGGGAGCUGCUCAGUGUCUUGUGGUGUUGGAGUGAUGCAGAGGUCUGUGCAGUGUUUAACCAACGAGGACCAACCCAGCCACUUGUGCCCUGCUGAUCUGAAGCCAGAAGAACGAAAAACCUGCCAUAACAUUUAUAACUGUGAGUUACCCCAGAACUGCAAGGAGGUAAAAAGACUCCAAAGUACCAGUGAAGAUGGUGAAUAUUUCCUGGUCAUUAGAGGAAAGCUCCUAAAGGUAUUCUGCGCAGGGAUGCAUUCUGACCGCCCCAAAGAGUACGUGACACUGGUUCAUGGAGACUCUGAGAAUUUCUCCGAGGUUUACGGGCACAGGUUGCACAACCCAACAGAAUGCCCCUACAAUGGGAGCCGACGCGAUGACUGCCAAUGUCGGAAGGAUUACACAGCAGCCGGGUUCUCCAGCUUCCAGAAAAUCAGAAUAGACCUGACCAGCAUGCAGAUAAUAACCACUGACCUACAGUUUGCAAGGACAAGCGAAGGACAUCCUGUCCCUUUUGCCACGGCUGGAGACUGCUACAGUGCUGCCAAGUGCCCACAGGGUCGUUUUAGCAUCAACCUGUACGGAACCGGCCUGUCUUUAACGGAAUCUGCUAGAUGGAUAUCACAAGGGAAUUAUGCUGUGUCCGACAUUAAGAAGUCACCGGUGCUCUGAAGAGGAAGCCAUUAUGGGAUGGAUGAAGGAUAGUAAUGCAAUACCUCCACCUUAAAUUUGGGUGCGUGUAUGUGUGUGUGUGUGUGUGGAUUUGUAUGCUUGUGUGUGUGUAAACAUGUGUACAUACACAUAUGAAUACACACAUAUAUACACGCACAUAUAUAUAUGUACGUGUAUAUAUGUGGUAUAGCCUAAUGAUGUAAAGUUUAAUAUUUAUGUUUGAAAUUAUUUAUUGUGAUGUAAUAUUUUUGUACGUAAAAUGAUUCUAUUAUGACUGCCUUUUCAUUAUUCUGUCUCUUGCAGUCAGACCACUGCAUUUUACGUACUCUACAUUAUAUGUAGUACUAUGACAAAAGUGAUCCUUCAUUAUCACGGUACACUAUUGUUUAUUUUUUAUCUGUAAAUGUCUUACUGUUGCUUUUUUAAAAUUGAAAUUUUUUUAAAAACAACCUAGCUGUCAUCAAGGUGCUACGAGAGUCGUAUAAGGGUGUUUUUGGCAUUUCUAGGACAGUAUCAUUAGCCAAUAAGUAAGUUAGUGAUGUCACAGAUUGUACCAAGUAUUAAUUAUGUUAAGUAUCUAUUCAGUUUUUUGUGAUCUCUGGGAAAAAAUAUACUGCCUUGGUGCUACUAUUGUAUGUAUUUAAGUGAUCUUCAGACUCAGAAAUGUAAACACUUUUAAUAAAAGGGAGGAACAGAAGGAUAAUUUCCAAUGGACGGAAUCAGCUAUUUACUCUUAUUUUCGGACAUGCCUUUUUUGGAAGAAAGUUGGACUUUAUUCUUGUUGUUAUUGUUGUGAAUACACUUUGCUUUAGUCCAUGGUGCCUUGGUCUCUCUACAAUCAAGUGGAGGGUCCCCCAAACAGCUUGGUUAUGGAGCGAAUUGGGAAAGUGAGAUCCUCUCACCAUUUUGUCAAGAUAUUCUAAAAUGACAUCCAAGUUUACCAGUAGCAGGAAAGAGGAUGCACAGAAUAGAACUACCCUUCAGCACACCUGAAGAAGUUCAGAACCAGGUUCUGAGUCAUCAGGAUUGCCUUUUGCAUGAGAACAUUGGCCGGUGACCUGGCUUCUCAUCAGGCCAUGAGCCUAACACCCUGUCGGUUUUCGUGGCUGCUGUAGGAAUUGGCAUUUGUGUGAAGAAAUGAACUGUGGAACACAGGAUGCCUGAGUUUUGCUCAUCUUCCAUUAAUCUACUUUUUGUGUGAAGCCAUGGUCUUUCUACCCUUCCAACCUGAUUGAAGGGAAGCCUUCACCAAUGGCCCAUGGAAGACACUUGGUUUGAGGAACUCUGCCCACUUUUAAAAACCAAAGAGAAUAGGAAAACUUGGCAGUAUUCUCUAACUCCAAGCAAACUCCAGAGUGCUCCAGGAAAAGUUAUACUCAGUGUAUGAAUAAGUGUUAUUCUUCAUUAUUAAUACAUUGUGAAAAUAUAUUAUGAAUAAAUACCAUGACCACAUCCAAACCA